AUGGCCUCCCCCUCCCCGCCCGCGCCGCCGUACACCGUGCUCGUCGUUUCCCUGCCGCCCACGCCGGCUCCGCCCGCCUCCGCCUCGCACGCCAUCGCCCGGUCGGCGCUCAUCAUCCUCGGCGUCAUCUGCCUCAUCGCCGCCGCGUCGAUCGCCAUCAACUGCCUCCUCCGCCGCGCCUCUCGCCGCCGAGCCUCCGCGUCCGGCGCAGCGCCGCUCCCGCUCCCGCGCUCGGGGCCGGCCCCAGCCCACCGGGCCCCCGCGCUGCUCGCGGCCGCCGACUGCAUCGUCUGCCUCUGCGCCAUCGUCCCCAGGGCCGAGGCCCAGCUGGCGUGCAGGCACAGGUUCCACGCCACCUGCAUCGACGAGUGGGUCCGCAGCUCGCCCGCCUCGCCGACCUGCCCCCUCUGCCGCGCCGCCGUACAGCUCCCGCGCCCCGCCGACGCCAUGGACCAGAGGAGGACCGCGCGCCGCUCGUCCGCCGCGGGCGACCGCCGCCGCGUGGCCGCAUCAGGCGAGGAGGCGCCGCCGGGCCCUCCGCGCGUGUCGGGAGUCUGA